UUUCCCUUUACAUUUUUUUUUUUAAAUACAUAUAAACAUCCAUCAUAAAUUAUGCCUAAACCAAGAGCACCUAUCUCCACACGAUUGCGUAACAGAGAUAAAAACGGAGUUCGAAUACCGACGCCACAGGUUUCGCCAGAAAAAGAACGUGAAAAAAAGCAGCCAGUGACGAAACCCGUCAAAGCGAUAAAGAAGGAAGAAUUUUCGCCAAAAAAGCAUCCAGAAAUCUAUAUGGAUGAAUUACAAACACCUUUAUCCUUUGUACGUGGUAGUGAAGAAGAACGUCAUCGAUUUCUAAUGGAAGAGGAUGCGGUGAUGAGUCACUCGUUUGGCAGUGAUUACAAGUCGAUCCAGACCUCCACUUUUUAUCUGGCUCGCGUUACACCGCCUGUACCAUCGAAACGCACCCGCCAUUUGAAAAUACAGACACCUAAAUAUGUCAGUGAUACAUUGACUUUAACACCUUCACCCACAGCUACACGCUACACCACCACCUGCUCACCUUCUCCCUCUAUCUCAUCCUCUUCGUUAUCACCCACACCCACACCCACACCUACACCUACACCCAGCAUUAAAAAAUCAAAACCCAGCAUCAAAAGAAAGAGGAAAACGGUGGAUGACUCUGAGGGGGAGACAACCGUGCCUUUACCUCUCUCCAGCAAAUUACCCGUCUAUAUUAAAAUGGACGCUAAAGAAAAGGAGCGCGAGUACUGGAGACGUCAACGUCGUGUCUUUGUCAAUAGCAGAUUCUUGACGAAUGAGGAAGGUGUGGUGGUGGCGAAGACGGUCUAUAGCAACCUCAGCAUCCAACCUGAUAACCGCAUGGUUACUUCCUUUCAAGGAAAUAUCGGCAAUUUCAGAACCAAACUGAGAAGGACCUUUUCAAGCCAAGCGCAUAGAUAUAAUAUGACAAGGGAAUAUAUGAUGCAAACAGAUAAAGAGGAAAUGAUGAAUAUGCUUCAAUCCAAGAUGGGACAGCAGGAACUCGAAGCUAUUUGGGAUCAUUGGAUUACAGACCCUUUUGUGGACACAAAAACCUUAUACGCGGAUAAAGAGGCAGUGGAGUUACUGAAGGAUAUCACAGCACAACUAAUGAUUGUUAGCAUGAAGGAGCAAUAUGCCAUCUUAUCACCCAAGCAAGCACGUACAGAAAUGCGAAAAAUUGACAUGAUCUCACGUACAUUGAUAUUACCCGAUUCAUCUAUUUAUCGAUAAAUCGCUCACUGUCUCUCACUUUUCUUUUCACCAAAAUUAUAUCAUGUUCUUUAGUAAAUAGUUUUUUUUUUUUUUUUUUUUUUUCAAAUCACUAAAACCCAUAUCAUUUUCUUCAGAAAAUA